UAACGACUUUGUAUUUUUUAUUGACGACUCGUUAGACAUUACGACAUAGCUGCAAGCAAACCGGACAUUAGGAACCGGCUGGCGGCAAUUCAAGCUGAGAAGCAUAGAUACCCUUCUGACGCGUUUUCGAAGAUAAUGGACGAAGUAUUGAGGAUUUACCUUCGUAACAGAGGGCUGAGCUUAGACGAAGUAAAAAAAAUGGACGAAAACAAGAUUGACCGCACUGUUAUUCCAGUCAUGGAUGACCAAACCCUGGCGCUGUAUAUCCCACAUCUUGGGGAUCGCAUUGCUGUGAAAGACUACUGCAGUCAUCCAAAAAAGACCCAGGCAGAAGACAGAAAGCGCACACUUCUAAUGUCCUUAAAGAAAAAACUUAGUUCUGAAAAUGACGGAAAACAUUGCAAAAAGUUUAAGCAUUUACCGGGAAAUACAAAUGCUAAGAAAAACACAAGAAAAAUAGAACUCGGAUUGUUAAAUUUAGACAAUAAUGUAUUCAAACAAGUACGUACUAAAAACGGUGGAGGAACCAGGAAAAUUGACGUAGACAAGUCAAUGAAAAAAGGAGAACUUAUUGAUUUGGCAACUUCGCUUUUUUUUCCGAACGGAAAAUCUAAGUUGGGUUCUGUAGAUGAUUUUCAUUUUGAUCUCCGGGACUUUUCGGAAGAAGUCUGGAAUGCGAACGAGACCAUUGGAGAACUGUAUCAAAAAACAGGAAUGCCUUUGUUGCGAUUUUCACUGUCAAUAACUGCGAAAGCCUUACAAGUCAAGGAUAAUCUCUCGCCCAUUCCGGACUUAUCAGCACAGGAACAAUUGCCGUCACUCCACUCCUCCGACGAACAUUCCUCGACGACAUCAUUACCAGACCUUUUCACCGUCGCUCUUGUAGAAUCCGGUUUACAGGAUAUAGCUGCCCAAACGAUUGUGUCAUCAGACACAUCUUUUGGUGACAGUGGGCUACAUUACCAUGAUUCUGAUGUUUCAUUCAAUGUGGCAUGGGAAACUUUGAACGAGACCAACUCUACUACAGUUGUCUCUGCUGUAACUGGAAAUACCCACAGUGACGAUGUGGCUAACAAUUCUUAAGAUAAUGUUUUGUCUGAUUCAGCAUUCCUGCUGUUGAGGGACCAUCUAUCAACCAGUCAACGCCAAGAGACUUCCGGAAAUGUAGCUCAUGACGAAGUGGGACCUGUGGAGGCCAGAGCAGGUACAGACCGCAUCGUUGAAUCUGUACAGGACUACUCUACGACCAGAAAUGUUGUUAUGGAU